CCAUCCUCAACCCCAAGCAGCCCAAAGAGAACAAGAGCUUCAACUUUGAUUACUCGUACUGGUCACACACCUCGCCCGAGGACAUCAACUUUGCUGGCCAGCAGCAGGUGUACAAGGACAUUGGUGAGGAGAUGCUGCUCCAUGCCUURGAGGGAUACAACGUCUGUAUCUUUGCCUAUGGRCAGACCGGAUCUGGGAAGUCCUACACCAUGAUGGGCAAGCCGGACUUGAAGGAUCAGGAAGGCAUCAUCCCUCUGAUGUGUGAAGACCUCUUCACCAAGUUCAACGACAGUAAUAACGACAAUAGCAAGUCCUACUCUGUGGAGGUGAGCUACAUGGAGAUCUACUGUGAGCGUGUGCGUGACCUCCUGAACCCUAAGAACAAGGGGAACCUGCGUGUGAGGGAACACCCCCUGAUGGGGCCAUACGUAGAGGACCUGUCCAAACUGGCUGUCACCUCCUACAACGACAUCCAGGACCUCAUGGACUCUGGAAACAAGGCCAG